AUGUCAAUUAAUUUCUCUGUUCUUCCUGAUAUUGAAGAAGAUAAAGGUGGUUCUGCUGAUUAUCAUAGUCAAAUUGAAGGUCAUUGGAUUUAUGGUAAUGAUAAAUGGCCAAUAGCUAAUCCAAUUAUUGAUGUAAUUGGUUCAGUUAUUGUUGAAAUUGAAUUAACAAAUGGAAUAAAUGGUGUUGGAAUAUCAAUUGGUGGUGAACCAGCUUGUUAUAUAAUUGAACAUCAUUUUAGUCGAUUUCUUAAAGGAGAAGAUCAACAUAAUAUUGAAUAUUUAUGGGAUUUAAUGUGGUGUUCAUUAAUAAAUUAUGGUCGGAAAGGCUUAACUAUUCAAGCAAUAUCAGCUGUUGAUAUUGCACUUUGA